GCACUGCUACAACAUCUUGGUUGCGUUUUCAUUCCUUUGAGAUUUCGACCAACAUCUUCGGAUACAGGAAGAGAGGUGACGCAAGUGCAAAGACCCGUCACAGCGACCCAGGAGCCACCCGUGCAGGAGACACCCCCCACCAAAGAAGCCGAAGAGGAGAACUUGCCCAGCCUUGUCGAGGUGGAAGAAAGCCUCGAGAUCGCUGCUAACGACUACUUGGUCGACCUCAAGAAGGAGCUGACGAUGGCGUCGCAGCGCCGCAAUGAGACGAGCAUGGUCACCAUUCUGAAUCAUUUUGGACCCAACUCGAGGGACAAGUGGCUAGGCUCGCUGCUACUUCAAGCCUUGAAAGAUAUCCUCCCGGAGCUUUCCGGUGCCGAGCUUGGCUUCUUAGUGAUGUCCAUGGCAUAUUCCGAAAUCAGAGCUGCAUCUGUAUGGCGAAUGUUGGCAGAGGCUGCCAUUGAAGCCGCGCUGAUCGAAACAUAUCCGCGAUCACUCGCGGAGCUUGCAUUCGGCUUUGCAUGGGUUCAGUGGCAGCAGCCGGACCUCUUUGCCGUCCUGCAGGUUGCCAUGGGCUUCUGCAAGGAGAAGGCAACCGAAGAGCAGAAGCGGGCUUUUGCUUGGUCUUGCAGUCGUGCUCAGCAGCCUUGUACCAGACUGUUCGGCAAGCCCUCUCCAAAAGUGGAUACGAGCGUUGCAUCGAAGUUCUGGAACACACUUACAGGAUUGUCCAGCGCAAAGUCCAAUGCGAAGACUUUGAUCCUUGAUCCUUUGCCAGUGCUGCUCCUGCCGGAGGCCGUGCCGGCCAGGCACUGCGAUGCGCUCGUGCAACUUGCAGACGCGCAGAAGCUCUGGAUGAACUCGAGUCAGCUCAUCGCCAGCAACGACAGGGCCACUCGUCAAGAGAUUUUGCGCACCUCGCGGACUUCUUCGACAGCACUCCUUGCCUGGCACGAGUCGCACCCGUCAGUCAGAGCCGUGCGCGAGUGGGCUGCCAGAACGCUGCAAGUGCCGGAGGAUUUCAUUGAGCCGCUCCAGCUGGAGCGAUACACACCGGGGCAGAAGUUCGGAAAGCACACUGACUGGAUUGGUGAGAAGCACCCUGGACUCUGGGCGUUUGGUCAACGCAUGGCAACACUGCACGUUUACCUGAACACGGUGCCGAAAGGUGCCGGGGGAGAGACUUCCUUUCCGGAGCUGAAAGUGGAAGUCUCUCCACAAAAGGGAUCCGCCAUCUUAUGGCCAAACGUGGAUGCCACAGGCACGCCGGAGAAGAAGGUUCUGCACGAAGCACUCCCUGUGAAUGGCAACCAGGUGAAGUAUGCGAUGAACAUUUGGGUCCGUGGACGAUCGCAGCCCGAUCAGACAUGGAUCAAGUGGCCAGUCAGUGGGCUAGUUUGGCUGGUGACGUGGAUGACGCAUCAAAGCCGUCUCUUCCAGGUGGUGGAGCAUGGCGGAUCUCAAACAGGUGGCUGGAAGUAUGCAGAGCAUAAGAUGUUCAUGGAGUGCCUGAAGCAACACCGGCACAAGCCCACGCAACAUUUCUUCGAGCACUUGUACCAUGAGAUGCCAGAUCUUCCACGUUUGGACAUCGUGGACCACGUUCACUGGCUGGCAAACUACCACUUUCAUCUAGCUCAGAAGCAAUGGAACAUCGACAAAUAUGAAGACGAAAAGCAGUUCGCCGCGAUGCAGAGGACUCGAAAAUUCCCUUCGAUUCAGGAGCAAGAGCAAAAGGAGAUGAUGCACCGCCAGGAAGUCCUCGUUGAACGAAGGAAACGCGACGAACUGCAUGCAUGGGCUGACCGCGAGGAGCGGAGGCUGGGCCAGAAGCGCUUUGAAGUUAAGGAUGAGUUCCAGCCCCACCAGCGCUUCCAGGGCGAGGUCUUGGAGGCCAACCUCCGAGGCCCACACCCGGGCUACAAGCGGGCUCCAGGGUAUACCUGGUGCAACUCCAAGGAGCGACGCGACUUGCAGUCGAGGAAGAUGACAGAUCUAAGCCACGUCCGGUCUUCCUCGCACUUGGACGGUCCUGGACCAGGCCAAUAUCUAGGC